AUGGAUGUGUCCUUGUCCGUGCUCGUGCUCGCGCUCCUGUCCCUGUCCACCUGCGCUCAUGCGUCAGCGCAGAGGGCCCGCCGAGCGCCCGCAGCCAAAGUGCGUCUGGCGGGUAACUACCCACGCAAUGCAAGCGAGGGUCGUGUGGAGAUCCUGCACAACAACACCUGGGGAACCGUGUGUGACGACGAGGUGGAUAUCAAACUGGCCAACGUGGUGUGCAGAGAGCUGGGCUUCCACAGCGCCAUCACGUGGGCACACAGCGCCAAGUACGGCGAGGGAGAGGGUCCCAUAUGGAUGGAUAAUGUGCGUUGUGACGGCUCUGAGGCGUCUCUGAAGGACUGCAAGCACAAUGGUUGGGGAGUGAACGAUUGUAAGCACUCAGAAGAUUUGGGGGUCGUAUGCGCCCCUGAGCGGAGGUUGGACCAAACAGCCAGUAGGGGGCACACUUCUCUGAGGACCAAUCUGAACCCUGCACCCCAGUGGCAAGGCCUCGUUUCCACCAGAAGGCAUCCUUCAUACGGUUACUAUGGAAAUGGACAUCCAUAUGAAGUACCAACCAUCAACAGACCCCAUCUUUACCAGGGUCAUAGUAAGGUUCGCAUUGAGGAGGUUCGUCUUCGUCCGAUCCUUAUGGCAACAAAGAGAAAGAGUCUAAUCACAGAAGGUGUAGUUGAAGUGAAGCAUGCUGGGAGAUGGAGGCAGGUGUGUGACUUGGGCUGGAGUCUCAACAGCAGCAGAGUUGUAUGUGGGAUGCUUGGUUUUCCAGAGGCGACUCAGCACAACGUCAAAACAUACAAGAAAAUAUGGGAUACAAAGGUUUCAGAUCCCUCAACAAGACUAAGCCUCAUGACAAAGAAGAAGGGUUUCUGGGUGGAGAAGGUUCACUGUUUGGGCACAGAGAACAGUCUGUCUGAGUGCCACGCUCAGCUCUCGAUCCCACGCAGUCCUGCGCCGUGCAACAAAGGACGCCACGCUGUGGUCAAUUGCAUCCCAGGACCUCAGUUUGCCCGGAUAUCAUCUGGAAGACCGCAGGCCCCCUAUCCAGUUGUGCCGGUGCGUCUGAAGGCCGGGCCCCGGCUGGGUGAGGGCCGUGUGGAGGUGCUGCGAGAUGGAAAAUGGGGCACUAUUGUGGAUCACAUGUGGGACAGAACAGCAGCGAGUGUGGUCUGUCGAGAGCUGGGCUUUGGCGCAGCUAAAGACGCACUGCAUGGAGCUUUUAUGGGACAAGGCACUGGACCGAUCCACAUGAACAAUGUUCAAUGUAUGGGGAAUGAGCAAUCUAUUCUAGACUGCUUCUUCCAGGAAGUGCAGCCAUGGACCUUCAAACACGCCCAGGACGCCUCAGUACGAUGUCACGUACCUAAGACCGGCAAUGAGAAUACGGUGCGGCUGACUGGGGGGAGAGUUCCGUCUGAAGGCCGAGUGGAGGUUCUGAUGGAUGUCGGAGGCAGGAAGCGCUGGGGCUCUGUGUGCAGCGAGAACUGGGGCAUCGACGAAGCCAUGGUGGUGUGUCGCCAGCUCGGACUGGGCUUUGCAUCCAGUGCUCAUGAGGAGACGUGGUACUGGCCCGGAGAGGCGGCUGCAGCAGACGUGCUGCUCAGUGGCACUCACUGUGUGGGCACAGAGCUCUCCAUUCAGCAGUGUCGCCGUAACAACCAUGUACACUGUCCCAGAGGAGGCGGGACCAAGGCGGCUGGAGUCACCUGCUCUGAAACUGCUCCUGACCUGGUGGUGGAUGCUCAGCUGGUCCAGGAGACCACAUACCUGGAGGACCGGCCGCUACAUCUGCUCACCUGUGCCAACGAAGAAAACUGUCUGUCCUCUUCGGCCGCUCGCAUGAACUGGCCUUAUGGACAUCGUCGUCUUCUGCGUUUCUCCUCCCGUAUCAUGAACCUGGGCCGCUCUGACUUCAGGCCCAAAGCCUCAAAGGAGAGCUGGACUUGGCAUCAGUGUCACAGGCACUACCACAGCAUCGAGGUGUUCACACACUAUGACCUGCUCACGCUCAAUGGCUCCAGGGUUGCAGAGGGACACAAGGCCAGCUUCUGUCUGGAAGACACUUACUGCCCUGACGGUGUUCAGAAACGGUUUUCCUGCUACAACAUGGGAGACCAAGGCAUCUCUGUGGGAUGCUGGGACACCUAUCGCCAUGACAUCGACUGUCAGUGGGUUGAUGUCACCGACGUACGCCCUGGGGAUUACAUAUUUCAGGUGGAGGUAAACCCCUCAAUGGAUAUGGCUGAGUCCGACUUCAUGAACAACGUGAUGAGGUGUCGCUGCAGAUAUGACGGACAGAGAGCGUACAUGUACGGCUGCCACGUUGGGGACGCAUACAGUGCAGAGGUGGAGGAUCUGUUUGAGCAUCAGAGACAAAUCAACAAUAACAAUGUGUAG